AUGGGAAGAGAGAAGGACGCUAAAGGAGACGUGAAAACCAAACACAAACCGAAGAAGCUGAAUGGCUGUGACAGCGCAGGUGCUGGGGAUCAUGUCAAGAAAAGUGAGCCGGUAAAACAAGAGCCACAGGAAGAUGACUUCACAACCAAAAAGAAAGGUUUGAAAAGGAAAAGAAUUAAAGACGAGCCCGUUGAAGGCGCUUCACAGUCUUCUGCUUCACCCAGUUCAAAGAAGAAGAAUAAGGAGCACGACCACGGAGAAGGAAGUGAUGAAGAACGUCAGAAGAAAAAGAGGAAGAAUAAGGAAUACAACCAUGGAGAAGGAAGUGAUGAAGAAAGUCAGAAGAAAAAGCCAAAGAAGAACAAAGAAAAGACGGUAAAGAAAGAGGAAGGAGAGCAUCCGGUCCCAAAAAAAACGAAGAAGACAAAGGAGGAAAUUGAGGAAGUGAGACAGUUGAAGAUCAAACAGAAAGAGGAGGAAGAGAAGAACCGCUGGAGAUGGUGGGAGGAGGAGAAGUAUGAAGAUGGGGUGAAAUGGAAGUUCUUGGAGCACAAUGGGCCCUACUUCCCUCCUGAGUACCAGCCUCUACCCGACACCGUUCACUUCUACUAUAACGGUGAGAAGGUGAAGCUGAGCCCGGCAGCUGAGGAGGGGGCGCUGUUCUUUGCCCAGAUGUUGGACCACGAGUACACCACCAAGAAGGUGUUCCGGGAGAACUUCUUUGAAGACUGGAGGAAGGAAAUGACCGACAAGGAGAGAUCUCUGAUUCAGGAUCUUGACAAGUGUGACUUUGGAGAAAUCCACGCUAUGCAUAAAGCCAAAGUGGAGGAGAGGAAAAACAUGACCAAGGAGGAGAAACAGGUUUUGAAAGACGCCGCCCAGAAGAUCGUGGAUGAAUACGGCUACUGUAUGCUGGACCACCAUAAAGAACGCAUCGGGAACUUUAAGAUUGAGCCUCCAGGUCUGUUCAGAGGUCGAGGCGAGCAUCCCAAACAGGGCAUGCUGAAGAAGAGGAUCCAACCGGAGGACGUCAUCAUCAACUGCAGCAAAGAAUCCCGUAUCCCUGUGCCGCCUGAUGGCCACCGCUGGAAGGAGGUUCGACACGACAACUCUGUGACGUGGCUGGCCAGCUGGACGGAAAACAUCCAGGGCUCCAUAAAGUACAUCAUGCUCAACGCCAACUCCAAGCUCAAGGGAGAGAAGGACUGGGAGAAAUACGAGGUUGCUCGUAAACUCAAGACGUGCGUGGACAACAUCCGGAACCAGUACCUCCUGGAUCUGAAGUCUAAAGAGAUGGUCAAACGCCAGAGAGCUGUGGCCAUGUACUUCAUAGACAAGCUGGCCCUGAGAGCCGGUAAUGAGAAGGAGGAGGGAGAGACGGCAGACACGGUGGGCUGCUGCUCGCUUCGAGUCGAACACAUCACCCUGCACGAGCAACUGGACGGCAACGAGUGUGUGGUGGAGUUUGACUUCCUGGGUAAAGACUCCAUUCGCUACUACAACAAGGUGCCUGUGAUCGGGAAGGUUUUUAAAAAUCUCAGGCUUUUCUUGGAGAACAAGCAACCAGGAGACGAACUCUUUGACCGCCUUAAUACGAGCAUUCUGAACAAACAUCUGAGUUCUCUGAUGCCUGGUCUGACUGCCAAAGUGUUCAGGACGUACAACGCCUCCAUCACCCUGCAGCAGCAGCUCAAGGAGCUCAGCAACAAGUCCGACAACGUGGCAGAGAAGCUUCUGUCCUACAACAGGGCCAACAGAGCAGUUGCUAUUCUCUGUAACCACCAGCGGGCGCCGCCAAAGACCUUUGAGCAGUCCAUGGCUAACCUUCAGGGCAAGAUUGAUGCCAGAAAGGAGCAGCUAUCCCUCGCUAAGACGGAGCUGAAACAGGCCAAGAAGGAGGCCAAGAGCAAAGGCAACUCAGACCCCAAGCUGCAGACGGUGGUGGAACGAAAGAAAGCAGCGGUGAAGCGCUGUGAGGAGCAGCUGCUGAAGAUGGAGGUCCAGGCAACAGACCGAGAGGAGAACAAGCAGAUUGCUCUGGGUACCUCAAAGCUCAACUACCUGGACCCACGUAUCAGCGUGGCCUGGUGUAAGAACAUGGAGGUACCAGUAGAGAAAAUCUACAAUAAAACCCAACGGGAUAAAUUUGCCUGGGCCAUCGACAUGACAGAGGCAGACUUUGAGUUCUAACUUUAAACUUCCAAACCUCCAGUCUGACCAGCCGGGACCGAGAAUUAAGGAAACGUCCACGUCUUAGUAGAUACAGUACUUUAAUAUUGCAUUUCUAGUAAGUUCAUAGACUACUGAUGUACUUCAUGAGAUCGUUUAAACACCGUCCAGCUCUGCCCUCCUGUUCUGUUCUUUUCUGUUUGGUGCUUUUGGCACUUUUGGAGAUUGUUGUUUGUUGCUUUUUUGCACAUUUUGUUUGCAUUAUUUUGAAUAAAGAUUCCUGAAAUGCA